AUGGCCUUCGUCAACCUGGUGCCUAAACUCUACAGUUCUAUAAUUGAAGAUGUGAUUGAAGGAGUGAAGGAUCUAUUUGCUGAAGAAGGUGUCGAGGAACAAGUUUUAAAAGACUUGAAGAAGCUCUGGGAAACCAAAGUGUCACAGUCGAAAGCAACAGAGGACUUUUCCAGAAGUAACGUCCCGGCACCUUUGUUCACAGUGAAGUCUCCUCACAGUUUGCCCCCUACGCUACCCUCAACAGCAUCAUUAGUUAUUCCUGCUGGUAGAAGUCUUCCAGGUUUUACCUCAGAAGAACUGAGUACCUUCAACUCCAGCGCCAGCUUUGCCUUUCCUGGCUAUCCAAUUCAUGUUCCAGCAGGCUUGACUGUACAGGCCCCAUUUGGUCACCUUUACAAGGUCAAUGUGCCAGCGAUGGUGACACAGGCCUCUGGAAGAGCAGGUGCCGUCCAGCAUCCAUUUCAGCAAGUCUUCGAGCAGCUUGGGCAGCCGUCCCUGAUGGAGGCCAGCGUCCCACCAAAGCUACCCAGGACGGAAGCUGUGUUGCAGCAGCCCUCAGUUCUGCUCGGGGCUCCGGUGGACAGCAAACCCUUCGAGAACACCCUGAGCCACAGACACGUGCAUCCUGGACACGAGCCUCCAAUCAUGUCCCGGGCAGUGCUGGGGCAGCCGGAGACCUCUGCCUACAUCAGCAUUCCGGCAGUGGGAUUUCCUGCACAGGUCUCUCAAACAGAUCCUAACCUGGAGACAGUGCUCGGUGGUGUCCCAGCUAGCCUGACUCCAAAUCAGCUCGGAGGGCCUUUCUCCCACCAAGGGACUCUCUACCAUCACUUGCCCGAUCUGCAGGCUCAAGCCCUUAAGAGCAUGAUGCACGGAUAUGGUGGUGCCCAGCAACCAAGGGCAGCAGAGGAGCCCAACAGCCCGCCUGUGAGACUUUCUGAGUCCCCCCCCACUCAGAAUUCUAAUUCCGAGAUGGAUUUGAACAUUCAAGUAGUUGAUGAUGACAUUAAUGAGAUAAUUCAAGUCGACGGGCCCGGUGACACAUCUUCCAGUGAGGAAGUAGGAAGCAUAAGAGAUGGGGAUGAGAACGAAUUCCCAGGGACGGUGGAGGAGGGGGACCUGAAAGUGCUCAAGGAGGACGCUGACAGUGUCUCAAAUGGGAGUUCCACUGCCAACAACAGCGACGCUGAAGACCAUCAAAUCGACGUCGUGGAGGAGGAUCCUUUAAAUUCAGAAGAUGACGUCAGUGAGCAGGACGUACCAGACCUGUUUGACACAGAGAAUGUCAUUGUCUGCCAGUAUGACAAGAUUCAUCGAAGCAAGAGCAGAUGGAAGUUCUACUUGAAAGAUGGCAUCAUGUGUUUUGGAGGGAGAGACUAUGUGUUUUCAAGAGCCAUUGGUGAUGCAGAGUGGUGAACUUUG